CUUACCAUCAUAAAUCAAACAUAACAUCUUUGUCGAGCAAAGUCUCUACCAAACCCUCAGCAUGGGUUUCUUCAAUAGAAAGGCCAAGGACUCUAACCCAGAGGCAUUGGAAGCUACCUCGCCUGGUGUGCUUCAAUCGGAGAAGACGGACGACGCCCAUAUCCGCACUGCAUCUGUUGUUUCUGGCGAUGAGAAGCCCUUACCGGAUUCCGAUGGCUCGCAAAACGAUGAAGAAGACCCUGAGGUCGAAUAUCCCACCUCGAUCAAGCUCCUUCUCAUCACAAUCGCUCUGUGCUUGACCGUGUUUUGUAUAGCUCUGGACAACACUAUCAUUGCAACCGCCAUUCCCAAGAUUACCGAUCACUUCAAGGCGAUUGACGAUAUUGCAUGGUAUGGCUCUGCUUAUCUUCUGACAACCUGUUCCUUCCAACUCUUCUUCGGCAAGCUCUAUUCAUUCCUCAGUCUGAAAUGGGUAUUCCUUGUCGCACUCUUCAUCUUUGAGCUUGGCUCUUUCGUGUGCGGAAUUGCGCCAACAUCGACAGCAUUGAUUGUUGGACGUGCUGUUGCUGGAGUUGGUUCUGCUGGACUCUUCUCUGGAGCUAUCCUGAUUAUCGCAAACUCGGUACCUCUUCGGAAAAGACCAUCCUACACAGGUCUCAUUGGUGCUAUGUAUGGUCUUGCUAGUGUGGCAGGUCCUUUGAUGGGUGGUGCUUUCACCGAUCACUUGACGUGGCGCUGGUGUUUCUACAUCAACCUUCCCUUCGGAGCUGUCACUAUGAUCUUUAUUUUCUUCUUCUUUAACCCCACCAAAAGCGCAAAGAAGCUUUCCGUUGGCUGGAAGAAUCGUGUUAUGGAUUUCGAUCCUGCAGGCACUGUCAUCUUCCUGCCCAUGAUCAUCUGCCUCCUGCUUGCGCUUCAGUGGGGCGGUAGCACAUAUCCUUGGAGCAGUGGUCGUGUCAUUGCCCUCUUUGUCGUCUUUGGUGUGCUCCUUGCUAUCUUCAUCAGCAUCCAGUUCUACGUCGGAGAGCAGGCUACGAUUCCUCCUCGCAUCAUCAAGCAGCGCUCCGUUGCAGCAAGUGCUUGGUUUGGUGUUUCUCUCGGUGCUGCCUUCUUCUUGUUUGUAUAUUAUUUGCCAAUCUGGUUCCAAGCGAUCAAGGGUGUUUCUGCAACCAAAUCUGGAAUCAUGUCCCUACCUUUGAUUCUCGGCGUAGUCAUCUGCUCGGUCGUCGCUGGAGGCCUGGUCACUGUAUUUGGGCAGUACGCUCCAUGGAUGCUAGCUUCCUCAGUUCUCAUGGCUAUCGGAGCGGGUCUAUUGUCUACCCUCAAGGUCGACACAGGUCAUGCAGAAUGGAUUGGCUACCAAGCUCUUUUCGGCAUUGGUGUGGGAAUGGGCAUGCAGCAGAUCCUUAUCGCAGUGCAGACUGUGCUACCAGCUGCAGACAUUCCCACUGGUACCGCCAUCGUCAUGUUCUUCCAAACUCUCGGAGGUGCUCUCUUCAUUUCUGUUGGCCAGAACGUCUUCACCAACAAACUCGUCUCAGGACUCAAGGCAGCAGUGCCUGAUUUGGAUCCCGCUAUCGUCCUUUCCACUGGUGCCACAGAGCUCAAGUCGGCUAUUGGCGAGCAAUACCGCGACGGUGUGCUUCAGGCUUACAACGAUGCUCUCACAAACUCAUACUAUGUUGCUGUUGCACUUGCGACACUAUCGAUCAUCGGCUCCGCUGCCGUCGAGUGGAAGUCGGUCAAGGGCAAGAAGAUCGAGAUGACCGCAGCAUAGGAAACAUGUCUCAGGUUCAAAUUUACGACAGAGAAAUCGAACAGAUCAUCAUGGCGUUGUCAUUGUUUCCAGGGUAUAAUGGACAGAGGUUGGACUAGAAGCUUUACAGGACAUUCCACUCGAGCCAAUUCAGGUGUACGAUACGUUUACGAACAUAAUUCACGAUUGACUUCAAACAUCCU